AUGGUUAAGAAAUUGGCAGGAGAUGGGGAGGACGAUAAGUUGGCAGAAGUGAUUAAUGAAGCGAGGAAAACUCCGUUCACCCAAGAGCUAGAGAGAACUCCCUUUCCUCUGAAAUGUGCACUUCCUACAUUUCCCUCCAGGUUCGACGGCACGGGCGAUGCAGGAGAACACAUCAAGAUGUAUAGCAUGUCGCUGUUACAAUGGAAGAACUAUGACGUGGUCAUGUGUAAAUUUUUCCCGGCAAGCCUGGAAGGCGAAGCAAAGAAUUGGUUAUACACCUUACCCGACAAGUCCAUAGGCAAUUACGGAUCCUUGGUGGAAACAUUUCUUGAAACCUAUAUGCACAACAGUAUCGCCCGGCCAAGGAUAAAGUUAUUCACAUUGGCACGAAGAUUCAGGGAGCCCUUAAGGUCUUUGACAGAUAGAUGGAGAAAAUUGUGUACCGAUAUCGGGAAGGUACCCGUCGACCAACAGAUAUUUGGGUUCGAAAAUUCUCUAGGGAAAUCUGAUCCCAUCUGGAUAUCCAUGUACACUGAGAAGCCGCAGACAUUAAAGGAAAUGAGAAAGAUGCAGGAACAUUACAUCGCGUUGGAGGAUAUACAAGAAGGAGCACAAGAAAGAGGAGUCCAAGAAGGCAGUACAGCAGCCGGGGUGACUCCUCAAGGGGACUCAAAGCGAUCAGAAAAGAGGCCGAUGGUACCACAACAAGUCUCUGGCAAUAAGGAAUGGGUCGAGAAAGGAAAAAGGCCUCGUCAUGAGCCGAGAACUUACACACCUCUAAAUGCGCCACUAGAAGAGAUCUUUAAGGAAGUAGAAAAGAGAAAUGACAUUAGGUAA